UCAUUUUGGAAACCAAGCAAGCAAGCUUGUUGUUCUCAACAAGGGUUUGUUUUACAAUCAAUUUACAGCGUUAACCGUAUCAGUAUAUUUACAGACAAAGUGCAUAUGUUGUCCAGGCUCGGUAUCGGAUCUCGGGAUGUUUUCACCGGCUCUCAGUCAGGUACUAGGGCUUAGCUUAGCAUAGCAUAGUUCAGCUAAUUAGCUAGCUGGAGGCCGUCUGGUUUUCUUGUAACAAUAAACUCAGCAUGUCUUUAAUUGGAGCAAGUAAUGUGAGGUGUCAGGAAUUAGCUAUAGCAUUAAAUACCGUCAUACAUGUGUACAACGUCUUAACAUAAUAGAUAGUUGUGCUGGCUAAUCGGCUAGUCAGUCUUAGCAUUGUUUACUAGGUCUAUCUUUUUGUUUAAUUAUAUUACGUUGUGCUGUGUAACUCGGUUAGUUAAAGUAAACUGUGCAUAAAGGACGAAUUAAAAUAUUUGAAUAUCAAAUGAUAGAAAGGAGUUGAGCUCGGCUGUACCUAUGGGAUAACGAUAAGUAAAGGUGUUAACCAGUGAGCUCAUGUUCUGGAGGUUUUGGCCGGUUAUGAGGUUACACACGACCUCUGUGCUUCAUUAUUAACUAAUCUCCAGAAGCAAAAUAACCAUUUUGUUUGUUAAAGUCGUCAGUGAGCCACCCUGUGGAUUAAUCUGACCUCCUCCUCUGAAUUUAUUGGUCACAUUCGCUUACAAUGAAAAACUGUGAAUACCAACAAAUUGACCCCAGGGCACUGGGAACCCCAGCGUCCACGCCGGCGUCCACUCUGCCACAUCCGAGUAAAGAGCUUCCUCAGCCGAGGAGGAAAUGGGAAGUGUUUCCUGGGAAAAACCGCUUCUACUGUAAUGGACGCAUCAUCGUGGCCCGUCAGUGCGGUGUGCUGCCAUUGACCCUCAGCCUCAUUGUCCUCACCACUACCUUAUUCUUUAUAUUUGAUUGCCCUUUUCUGGUGACUCACCUCACUGUCUGCAUCCCAGUGAUCACUGGAGUGCUUUUUCUCUUUGUGAUCAUCACCCUUCUUCGCACCAGUUUUACAGACCCAGGGAUCUUACCCAGGGCUUUACCAGAGGAGGCUGCUGACAUUGAGCGUCAAAUAGAUAAUUGUGGAUCAGCUACAUAUCGACCCCCACCUCGGACUAAAGAGAUCCUUAUAAACGGGCAGCUGGUCAAACUCAAAUACUGUUUCACCUGCAAGAUGUUCCGUCCACCCCGUACUUCACACUGUAGUCUAUGUGACAAUUGUGUAGAGCGCUUUGACCACCACUGCCCAUGGGUGGGGAAUUGUGUUGGAAAGCGCAACUACCGCUUUUUCUAUACUUUCAUAGUUUUGUUGUCUUUUCUUACCUCCUUCAUCUUUGGCUGUGUGAUCACGCAUCUCACUUUACGAUCACAAGGUGGGAAAGGCUUUGUACAAGCCUUACAGGAGAGUCCAGCCAGUGUUGUGGAACUGGUUGUUUGUUUCUUUUCCAUCUGGUCUAUCCUGGGCCUGUCUGGCUUCCAUACCUACUUGGUAGCUUCCAACCUUACAACUAAUGAAGAUAUCAAGGGUUCUUGGUCGAGUAAAAGAGGAGUGGAAGAAUCUGGGAACCCUUACAGCUAUAACAGUAUCUUCACUAACUGCUGUGUGGUGCUGUGUGGUCCAAUGCCUCCCAGCUUGAUUGACAGAAGAGGGUUUUUACCUCCAGAUGUCAUCCCUCAAACAGUCAAAUCUGAAACGGAGAUCCAUCCUUUCAUGACAAAGAAUGACACUAACAUGUGCACACAGGGUGCCAAGGAGCUUUUGGAGUCAGCUUCUCACUCCUCCUCAGUGGUCAAGAGCAGCUGCAGCUCUGCUACACCUAAGACCACUUCAGUGACCCAGGAUAAUCUGCUAACUGUUGUCUCAAGCACUCACAAGUCACCAUCCGGUAAGCCUUCUACCAGCUGCUUUGGAAGACAGAAACACCAUCUGACGGACAAGACCUGCCCUCAGCAAACGAGCAAAAAAGCCACACCGGAUGCUCAGGCAGUUGGCUUCCAUCUUUCACUCUAUUCUGUUAACCAUAGUUCUCUCAUUCUCAGUGAUGCUUCUGACAUGGGCUUUCUCCCACUGACCUGAGUAUAGAUGCCCCAGCAGGCAAGGCUGAGCACCUGACACCCCCCACCCCCAGUCGCUCACUGCAAUCAGAAUAUACAUGCCCUGUUAAAAGCAAGAAAAGGUUAACAGAUGGCAUUUCACUCAGGAAGUUCUCAGGGGUCAUACAGUCUCUAAACAGUGAAAAAUGACCAUUGGACCUAAGAUUUAUUUGACAAAUGUGUAAACAGGAGACUGAAUUAGUAUUAAUUAUGGUUCUGUUUCAUCUGCAGAGUAGGACUAGUGAGCAGCACAAUGCACAUUUGACAAGAAAGGAUCACUUCUUGUUCACGCCAUACAGCAGAGUUUGGUGUUCCACUAAGCCUUGAAUCCUGUUUAAAAUUUACCCAUUGAUUUGCAUUCAUAGCAGUAACUUCUGUUUUGUUUAAAAAUCAGAUUUGUGUAAAGGAAAUCUCCUGACAUGUGCAGCCCAAACAGGCCUCAAAUAUAUAACCAUUAUAAGCUAUGAAAUGCAGAAAUGGAUAAGUAAUCAAAUGUAAUUUGUAAAUGAGUGAGUGGCGAAGCUACUUAUUUGUGUGUUGAUGGUAAAUUUGGUCAUUUAUUUAAGCUCUGGAUUGAAAUGACCUAGGAAGUGGUAUCGAAACCUUUAACUUCAGCACUGGAGUGGUUACACAAAUGGAUGUGGUCUCUUCCAGUAUUACCAUCAGUAAGAGAAAAUGGGAUAGGAGAGCUGUACAUCUACUUAGAAGGUUGCAUUUGUGAAGCAGAACCUUGCAUGCGGUUUGGGCUAAAGCAGUAGAAUGAGGAAGUGACAUUCAUUUUGCAAACAUGGUUCUAGUAUUAAUAUCUUUUAAAAAAAACCAAUGCAAGUCAAGAGUGGACUAUUAUUUUUUGCUGCACAGUACAGUAGAUUGUUCACCGGUGUCGUGAAACUGUCAUAGAAUCCUUAUGACAAUGUCAUAAAUGUUAAAUUACACUGGCAGUGUGUGUUUGGUAAUGUUUUACUGUACUGUUCAUUCCACAUGUAAACAAAAUAUUCAUUAAAUGUAGCUAUCUGUACUCUGAACACAUGCAGACAAGUUUGAUCACCCCUGUCUAAAAAGGUUUUCUGGUGGUUGGCAAAGAAUUUGUAUAUUUUUGUUGUAUGACAUUUUAAUAUUAGUUAGCAAAUUUUGUUUGUAGGCAUUUUGCUAUACCUAAACCAGAAGUAUUAAGUUCAGGGAUAAGUUGGUAAGCAGAAUGCAAAUAGUGUUGAUUUUAACACAAGCCAGACAACCGGUGUAUGGGCCUCAAAAACAAACAGAGAUAACUAUUGUUUUGAAUACCAACAAAGUUACUUUAACCAUAUUAUAUUGAGGCAAUUACUGCAGGAGGGACUGACCAGGAUGAACAGAAGCUGACAGCGAGGUGGUUUGAAUGCUUUCACAGAAGUGAAACCUGCCUAAAUGCAAAUUGUCAUGUGAGCAUGUUAACAUCACACAGCAAACCAUUACAGUAAGUUCUGAGAAUCUAACACUUGACCGGAACUGCGUUCCAUCAUAUUUUUAGGCUGGCCUCUUUGUUUACUUCUCGACUUAAUAAAUAACUACUCGAGUGUGCAUAGGUAAUGCUGUAAAAGUGAUGGUUCCAUGACUAUAUACAGUACUGUGCAAAAAUUUAAGGCACAUGCAAAGGAAAAAAUGCUGUUAAGCAAAGAGGUCUUCGAACAUAGACAUAAAAUACUCUAAAGGGCAGUAAACAGUAAUAAAAUAAAGUUAAUAUUUGUGACAGCCCAUUGCCUAAAAAAGUACUCUGAUUGGUUCAACUGGUUGUCAACACUAGAUGGCACAUUUUAUCCUUGUACUUUUAAAUAAGUGCUCUGAUUGGCUGGUCUAAUCUCAGGCCUAAUCUGCUCAUGCUGUGCACUGCUGAGUGAUUUCUAUGCUCCAAUGAACGUGAUUCAUCUCAUGAAGCCUUUGAAGAGAUGAAUGAAAGAGCAACAGAACCAAGCUGUGUUGUUUUUUUUGCUUUUUUUUACUGAAUCUAAUGUGUUCUUGAUAAAUAUUUUCUCUCUAAAGUAGCAGGCUGUACUACUUGAAGCUACCAAUGUGUGCUGGUUCUUUGUCAGGUUCCAUUCUAACUUUUGAAAGUGGAAUGUUUAAAUAGUAUUUAUUCCUUGUUCUAUCUUUUGUCUAUGAAUUUUGACUUUUUUAAAAAUAAAAAUUAAUGUAGCAAACAAA